CAGUUUUUAUAGACUAUUCGUCCAUUUUUUUCUUGCGCUUCCUCUCUGGGCUUACAUGAUUUUUUAUUAUUUUUUUCUCAACUGGGUCAUUCUCGACUUCCAUGAAUCUCAAUUUGCAUUUGUAUCUUCCGUAUACUCGGUGAUCAAGUUUAUAGCUUUAUUGAGUUGCCAUCUGGGUUUUCUCUGUUCUGUUAUCCUUUCCGCAGCCAGCUCAUGCUCUCCCAUUUCUGUGACCACUUCCCUAUCCGACAGUUCUUUUCCCGGUUGAUCCAAUGACAGUAAAAUAAGAUAACAUUUAAAUUUAGGAACUUGGUGCUAAAUUCCGCGCAAUGAAUUGUUUCUCCUACUUUAAGGACAAAUCCAGAGGCAGGGAACAAAGAUCAGCCCCAGAGUUGAAAGAGCAAAGAAAAUCCGAUUAUUCUGGAGCAGAUAGGGUCAGUAAAUCUUCAUGCUCGACGUCUUCCCCGCGAGGUAUACCACAACUGUAUGAGGAAAAGGCUCAUGGUUUGCGUGUCUUCUCAUACUCGGAGCUCAGACAAGCAACAAAUGAUUUCAGUAGGCUUCUUAAGAUUGGGGAAGGUGGAUUUGGGAAUGUGUACAAAGGUUCAAUCAAGCCUGCAGAGGGAAAAGGCGAUCCAAUUGUGGUUGCAAUUAAAAAGCUGAAUGAGGAUGGUUUACAGGGCCACAAACAGUGGGUGGCAGAAGUUCAAUUUCUCGGUGUUGUUGAGCACCCUAAUCUCGUCAAACUCAUAGGAUACUGUGCUACUGACGGGAGAAGAGGAAUCCAGCGAUUACUCGUUUAUGAAUACAUGGCAAAUAAAAGCUUAGAGGACCAUCUUUUCAGUAAGGCACGCGCAGCUCUUUCUUGGAAAACUAGAUUACAGAUAGUCCUGGGAGCAGCUCAAGGACUAGCUUAUCUGCAUGAGGGAUUGGAAGUUCAGGUAAUUUUCCGAGAUUUCAAAACAUCCAAUGUGUUGUUGGAUGAGAAUUUUGAACCAAAGCUUUCAGACUUUGGGCUUGCUAGGGAGGGGCCGAUGGCUGGGCAAAGUCAUGUUUCAACAGCUGUGGUGGGAACAUACGGAUAUGCUGCUCCAGAUUACAUCGAGACUGGUCAUCUGACAACUAAGAGUGAUGUGUGGAGUUUUGGAGUUGUACUAUUUGAGAUUCUUACAGGCAGGAGAUCAUUGGAAAGAAACCGCCCAAGGGCAGAACAGAAACUUUUGGAAUGGGUGAAACAGUUCCCUGCUGAUAGUAAAAAGUUCGGCUUGAUAAUGGACCCUCGACUGGAAAACGAUUAUUCUAGUAGUGCAGCUCGAAAAAUUGCAAAGUUGGCAGACAAUUGUUUAUUGAAAAGUGCUAAAGAUCGGCCAACGAUGAGUCAGGUAGUAGAGAGAUUGAAGCAGAUAAUUGAACAAUCCGACGAUGGUAACCCUUCUGAGAAAAGUCUCGAGUCCUUUGAAGAUGACCCAGUUGAUUCGGAUAAGAAGAGGAAUCAAAUGGGGGCCUCAGAAUCAUGGAAAAGGCGGAUGACCCAACUGUCAAAACUGGGUGAGCAUGUGGAGGGAGCAAGUAGAAGAAGAUUUAUGAUAAUGCAGAGGGCCCAAGUGCCUUAAUAGCUUUAUUCCCACUCCCAAGAUUCAUUUUUGUCCAAUUUUAGGGUUUCUUGGCUGUUAAUAGCGUGAAAAGUCGUGGACAGAAACACAUCGUAUGAGAUAGAAAGUAUGUUAGAUUAUGGUUUUUUUUUUUUUGUGUACAGGUUACUGUUGGUGAAACAUAUUAUGGCAGGCUCUGUUUCCUUA